UCAAUGCUACGUCGGUUUCUCAAAUCCUAUUGUGGACUCUCCUUGAUAGAAAUUCCGAUAAAAACGAGAAAAACACUGUAAAAAUGUCUCAAGCACCGAAACUUCAGCAGAAUGCUCACGGCGAUCACAAAGAAAAAAAGAGGAAAGAAAGUAUUUUAGACCUCUCGAAAUAUCUGGAGAAAAAUAUCAGAGUGAAAUUUGCCGGUGGUAGGGAAGCGGCGGGCAUUCUCAAAGGAUACGAUCCACUCUUGAAUUUAGUUUUGGACAACACAGUAGAAUAUCUAAGGGAUCCUGAUGACCCGUACAAGUUAAAUCAGGACACUAGACCUCUAGGUUUGGUCGUUUGUCGAGGAACAUCUGUAGUCUUGAUUUGCCCAGUCGAUGGAAUGGAAUCUAUUCAAAAUCCGUUCGUUCAACAGGAAGGAUAAUUAAGGACUUUUCUAGGAUUAAAUUACGUGAUUAUAAUUAUUCUUUAAAGUAACGUUAAGAAUAAGACUGUCAUUUAUAUUUAAUUCCUUUUUUUAAUCACUUAUUUAAAGUGAUUAAACAUCUACAUAAUCAGAAGGAUUUAAUUUACAAUGAUGUAUACAAAGUUCUUAGAGAUGGUGUAUCAUCAAUAAAAUGCAAGUCGAUUUUUC